CGUACUACAGAUUGCUGAACGGCGAAAAGUCGCAUAUCAGCUAUAUGGAAAAAGCCAGACGCAGAACAGUGCUGAAAGAACAUAGAGAAAAAUACAAGGGCGACGUCUUCAAAAUCCAUCUUCAUCCUCGGGAAAGCAAGUCGGGAUGAUAUCGAAAAUAGCAAGAGCAUAAACUACACACGUUAACCUUCAAAACAAACCCAGUAUUAUGAUUUUAUGAUAUUAGGAUUGUUUUAAAACGAGAGGUGAAAGAUAGUUUGGUGGAUUGUAGAUAGGAACAGUUACUAUAUCCGGAUAGAUAGACUGAGACGGGAGGCAGAAAGAAGAGAGAAAAAAAACGUUUAUUGAAAUUGUUUUGUCUUUAUUGUAUUUUAUUUUGACUGAAACCUUCUUGGACUUUUGCCUGUAACAUUUUUGUGGAUUUUGAGCUAGCGAGCUUGCUUGCUAUAAAUUGUCAAUCAUGGAAUUGAGAGUGGGAAACCGAUACAGACUGGGUAGAAAAAUUGGAAGUGGAUCAUUUGGAGAUAUUUAUUUGGGUACUGAUAUCUCCGUAGGAGAGGAGGUGGCCAUCAAGCUAGAAUGUGUGAAGACCAAGCACCCACAGCUCCACAUCGAGAGCAAGAUAUACAAGAUGAUGCAGGGAGGAGUGGGUAUCCCAACCAUAAAGUGGUGUGGGGCGGAGGGGGACUACAACGUGAUGGUGAUGGAGCUGUUAGGACCUAGUCUGGAGGACCUGUUCAACUUCUGCUCGCGCAAGUUCUCCCUCAAGACUGUCCUGCUGCUGGCUGACCAGAUGAUCAGCCGUAUAGAGUACAUCCACUCUAAGAACUUCAUCCACAGAGAUGUGAAGCCAGACAACUUCCUGAUGGGCCUGGGCAAGAAGGGAAACCUGGUGUACAUCAUCGACUUUGGCCUGGCCAAGAAAUACCGAGACGCCCGCACACACCAGCACAUCCCCUACCGCGAGAACAAGAACCUGACUGGCACCGCACGCUACGCAUCCAUCAACACACACCUGGGAAUCGAGCAGUCUCGUCGUGAUGACCUGGAGUCUCUUGGUUAUGUCCUGAUGUACUUCAACCUGGGCAGUCUGCCCUGGCAGGGCCUGAAGGCAGCCACCAAGAGACAGAAGUACGAACGCAUCAGUGAGAAGAAGAUGUCGACCCCCAUCGAGGUCCUCUGCAAGGGAUACCCAUCGGAGUUUGCCACGUACCUGAACUUCUGCCGUUCUCUGCGGUUCGAUGACAAGCCGGACUACUCGUACCUCAGACAGCUGUUCAGAAACCUGUUCCACAGACAGGGCUUCUCCUACGACUACGUCUUCGACUGGAACAUGCUUAAGUUCGGUGCUAACAGGGCAGCGGAGGAUGCAGAGAGGGAGAGGAGAGCCGGUGAGGACAGACUGAGGCAGGGACAGGCCAGGGCCCCUGCAGGGGCCAGGGGGAUCCCCUCCGCCUCCGGACGAGCCAGAGGAGCACAGGACGCAGCCGCACCCGCACCCCUCACACCCACCUCACACACAGGUAUGGAGCGAGAGAGGAAGGUGAGCAUGCGUCUUCACCGUGGAGCUCCAGUCAACAUCUCCUCCUCAGACCUGACUGGACGACAGGACUCACGCAUGUCCACCUCACAGGCUCUCUCUCGUGUCACCCCCAGUGGCCUCCAGUCAGCAGCCCCUCGAUGAGUCCCUCUGUCCCCCAUCACCACCAUCAUCACCAUGGAGGGUUAAACCAUGCAUGGCCCUAACCAUACCACCUCCCCACACACACCUCGACACACACACUUCAAUACCUGGAGGACUCUUACUGAAACAACCAGUCAAAAGGCAGUACAAGGACCUCUACAUCCGCAAUCAGCUCCAACCAUCCGACCAGCCAAUCAAAACACACAGACGGUGAUGCUCUGCCCCUUUGACAUCAACUGAUCUCUGCUAAGUAACAAGCUCAUGCUGUUGUAACAGGGUGGACGACACACACACACACACACACACACACACACACACACAGCUCCGAGAGCGUUCAGCCGUGCUCUUGAUAUCACUUCCUGUCAGAGGAGGUCUGGCGUUGAACGCGGAGGAUAUGAGAGGGGGAUGGAGGAUGAGGAGAUGAGAGAAAGAGGGGAUGGAGGGAUUUUGUUGCCUCUGCCACCCUGGCACACCCAGAACAGUCACUUGCCCACCCCCCACCCCACCCCUCUGCCAUCGUGACCCCCAGGGAGGACAAUGUCAUGGGGCGCCCAGACCUGCUUAACGCCCCUUACAUGCCUCCUCCUCCAUCACAUCUAUCUUCUCUCCCUCUCCUCUCCUCCAUGACUUCUAUCUCCUGUCUCCUCGAUGCUAAACCAGAUCCUCCUCCCAGCCUGCCAGUUAGCCUCCAGAGCUGCUGCUGUACUCAUGAAGCCAUCCGCUUGCUUCUCUUUCCCUCACUCUGUCUUUCACUUCACUGCCAUUUUGUUUAGUUGUUUAGUUUUCCUCUGUUUGGUAUUUAGGUGAAGUUGAUUUAAAAAGUAGUUUGUACUGGCGGUGUUCUGUUCUGACCACACUGACUGUCCUCUGUGUUGCUGUUAUAAUACGGUUGAGAAUAUCAACUAAAUCAUGCCAAUCAUGAAUUGUGUCCGAGUGAAAAGUCAAGUGGGUUUUCUGUUUUAAAGAGAUAUGAUGGAAGAAAUAUUGAAUGAAUAACCCCUAAUGGCAACUGGAGGUCACAUUAGAGGUCUGUUUGUGCAACUGGAGAUGGCCUGGCUUCCAUUUUGUGUCCUCUAAGACUCUUAAUCCCACAAUGCAAUGCCUAGAAAGAGACGCCCAGUCUCAAACUUGACAGUGGGUUUGUAUAAAUGGAACAAUUUACAGAGGGAAGACCUUUUGUGCAUCCCAAACACCCCCCUAUUCUCUAUGGGCUCUGGUCAAAGGUAGUGCACUAUGUAGGGAAUAGGGUACCGUUUGCGACGUGACCUUUUCUGUUGUUUUUAAAGGGGACUGUGAGAAAGCCUCUACUGUUCUUAAGGUCACUGUGUGUGUGUGACUGUUUUAAAUAAGGGGUGGUUGUUUGUGAGGGUGUCUCUUGUACAUUGGGAUGGGGUUAGGGCUGAUGUCUUCUCUACUAGUUUCUCCAUCACCUCUUCUCUCUUCAGCCUCCCCUUCUGCUGUUGGUGUUCUGGGGCUGAAAGCUGUGAAUCACCAGUCUCCACUUUCAUGUAGCAUUAUUAUUUUUUUAACUUGUUGGUCAGUAAAAGUUGUGUGUUGGGGGGUUGGGGUGGGUGU